UAAUCUCGAGCGCAAUCUCAUUCGCGCAAUGCAAUGCGAAUAAAACGCUUUGUGAAGACAAACAUCAAACGUUUAGCAGUAUAAAAACAUUAACGUUACUCGAUUGAUAACCCGCUGGUGCGAAGAAAGAACUCCCGCCGAAUUUUCGAAUAAACAUCACACAAAGACCGAGAUUAAUCAAGCAGCUGAAUUCAAAGCUGUUGUCUCAGCCUUAGCGAUUUUCUAUGUUAUGAGCAGAAGGAAGCGGUCACUAUAUGUCAUUCACUUCUGAUCGUUCAGUGUUUAUUGUAGAAGAUUUAAGAGGAAUAAAUUGUUGUCAGGAAAUUAGUAUCAGAGAUGAACUUCACUACACCGAACCCGAAUUUCUCAGAUACAUUCGACGUUUCAAUUUCCCGCGAACAAUUGGGAUCAGUUGUACUUCAGAUGUGCUUGUUCUGCCUCAUCGCAGUCAUUGGUUUCGUUGCAAAUGUCCUGGUUCUUAUGGCUGCCUCACAACUUCGUAAACACCGGACGCAUCGUAACACAAGAAGCACCUAUUACAUCAUAAACUUAGCAAUCGCAGACUUGGCAAUUAUUUUACUUGCGCUCCCAACGGAGAUGGUGAAACACUUCACGUCCUGGCCGUUCGGAGAGUUUUCGUGCAAGUUCCUAUACCCGCUACGAGAUGUGUUCGUGUUUGUCGCCAUAAUGACAGUGACCGGACUCAGUAUUGAGCGUUAUUGGGUCAUCACCGGACCAUUUAAGACGAAGCCGAACCCAAAACACGCGCGCGUUAUCAUUGUUAGCAUAUGGGUCGUUGGCUACUUAUUAGCCGGUCUACCGAUGGUUUUUGUUAUGAAGCUGAUCAGCGAGUCACCUGAUGGUCGUAUAAUUAUGUGUGAUCCGAGUUGGGGCAGUUAUACGGAGGAGAAAGUACACGUCCUUUUGAGCAUAGCAUGCAUAAUUUUGCCCGCGUGUGUCAUAACAUUCUGUUACAUACGAAUCGCCAAAUCGCUGCAACGUUUACAGGCACGUCGUACGAGUUUCGUAAGCGGCGAAGCCGAAGGAAAGCCGACGUCUUCGGUAAUUUCUCUGGUGGAACAGAGCAAGAAGGUUGCCAAAAUGCUAGUCAUAAUUGUACUCGCAUUUUGCUGUUGCGUUCUACCGUUCACAACAUUCGCCGUAGCGGCGCAGUUUGGGGAGCUCCAAGGGGAUAAUUUUCUCAUCUACGCGCUGCUUAUUUCGUUGUUUUUCGCACAUAGCGCGGUGAAUCCCAUCAUUUUGAUAAUCAUGAGCAAGGAGUAUCGUUUGGAAGUUGUGCGAAUUGUGCGCGCCUUGCGAGACGUCUGCUGGAAGGCAGAGGCGGUUCGCACUUAUUUCACACAUCUUAACCUGAGGAACGACUAUCGCCAGCAUCGAAAAGAAAGCGAAAAUCGUGCUCAAUUGGUCGAAGCCCCGGUUGCAGAAGGUGAACAGCAAAGAAGUACGGAACUGUAAAUAUAUCUAUGCAUAAAGACUGUUGUUGUUCCACCGACAUAUCGUUGCAUGAUUGCCUUAGGCCUGCCCCAAAACGUCGUUCUUUCAUUUGGCAAACCCGCGAAAAACAGUAGAUAUCGAUUCAGAUGCUUUAUUACUGUUGUUUAAAUUCGUGUCGUUCGCAAGAAGUACGACGUUUGGAACAGGCAUUAUAUCGUAGACAACAAUAUACUAUAUGUAUAUAACUUCAAGUACUCUAUUCUACGUGGGCACUGGCAACAAGAUGACUUUUAAAUCGAGUAACUGCAUGAGCUCGAGAGAUGUCGAAAACUCACGUAAUAUAGUUUCGAGAAAUUGUACGAUUGAUAAUCGCGAAACACAUGUUUGCGCUCAUUUCUAAAGCGAGCCAAAAAAAGUUCCUCUCCGCAUGCAGUGGGCAAAUAUGCUCGAGUAUAAUAACAAAUUGAGUGAAUUGUCGGUUUAAACCUUAUUUGGUUUCGUUACAUAAGUGGUCAAUUGAGAUAUUUAACAAGAAUGCAGCAUAUUUGAAGCCGGUACAGGUAAAUGCAUGAAAUAAAACCUAUCGAUUUCUUCGAAACAGAACGGGUUCUCUUGCUUCUAGGAAAUUUGUGACGUUACAUUUACAUACGAGGCAGGAAUCGCAGUCCUCCGAAAAUGUUUAUUCUUCUGGUGUCACCGAAAAAUCAAGUUAAUGAAUUUUAAUUCGGUAUACUUUUGAAUUGAAUAAGUCGAGCCGACCCUUGCUGUUUUAAUCCAUCUUAACGCAAAUAUAACAUUGCGCCGUUCGCAGUUAGUUGCCUCUAACGUAUAUUAAAAUACCCGGCACACUACUCGCAACUGUAUUCUUUUAUAUUAACGUCAUAAAUUUUUUAUUCGGAGAACUCGGAGGGAGAAAUUUAAUUUUCCUCAAUUACGGUUGCUUAUGUAUUAUGCUCGACUGUUUGAAUUGACUAUGCAGUAUGACAACGCACUUAUAAGCUCACAAUAAAAAAUGCACAAAUUUAAUCUUGAUCUCGUUUAUGUAUCAAUAACUGCGGUAGGACGCAAUUUCACCGCAACAUACAUUUAGAGAUUGAUACGGAAUGAGCGAAAAUCUAUUUUUUCCACAAAAGUUUGUGAUUUGAACGAAGGAACGAAAUAACAGGUGAUAUCCUACGGCUACGUCGCAUGCGAUUAUAUUCACAGUUGCGCGUAAAGGCAAAAAAAUCACGAGAUCAGGCAUAUUUAGAUAACGUUACAUGUUUCAUAAAUGGCAAUAUUGCAUAAGCAUAUCAUGGGCUGCCCAGAUGGAAAGAUAAUAAUUGGCGACGUUUUCACAAAUGCGCGCCUGCUAUAAGUGAAACCGCGCUACGGCCUUAGCACUGUAUUUGUCGGCGGCGAUUACAUGUAUAGCGGAAUAUUGUUGUAAUAUAUUUAUAUAUUUUAUGCAUGCCUGUUGAAAAUAGUAUAUAUACUUUGGCAUGUCGUUGACACGUUCUCAAUAGCCUAGACAUACUAUACGUUGAUAGCCUAAAUAUAUUAUGUAUAAAGUCUUUGGGGUAAUAAAGCUCGUUACAAAAUUCCCCACAACUUCGUCACAAAAUUCCCACGAUUUCACAUGUCAAAAUGUCUUUUCACAUGUGAAGUAUUUCAAGUCUAUAUUACCAGUAUAUUUUUGUACGGGAGAACCCACGCGACGCUGCCACCG